AUAAUGGCUUAGAUCAAGUGUAGUAUCUGUUCUUUUCAGUUUAAUCUCUGAAACUGUCCGCACUGGACAAAAACGCGAUUAAUCCAAUUUUUACAACGCGAUCCUGGGACGCGCUGGGGGCUUGCCCUCACCGUCCUGGGAUAGGGUGUCUCUGGUAUCACACUGCUUCCAGAUGAUGCGAAAUGGGCGCUGAAUUCUUCGUUUUCAUUGGGGCGUCGCCUGUGGCGGUGUCGCGAGGAAGAGUGAGGGCUGAUUUGAGUAUUCGUGGGGUCCAUGGAUUAUAUGAAGUGAAGUUCGAGAUAGCGAGAUUAUGAAAACCCGAGGCGCUGUGGCGGAGUACCUGAGUUGAUACGCGCCCACGUUCCCCUCCAUUCACGUGGUGGCGAAGCUUCUCGUGGCAGGCAUGGGGGAACUGGGAACAGCAAACUCAAGCGAAUAUCUUGGCCGUAGCACAGUAUAGUUCUGCAUCAAGGCAUCUUUGGCCUUUGGCCGUCAACCUCCAAUAGGUCAAUCGCGCUGCAUUUCUUCCGUGCAUGGAUGGUUAUGAACAAGGUACGUUCCGUGGUGGAGGCGCCGCGCACCCCCCUCAAAUCAAAGGUGACAAGGCGUCCAGGAACCUGUGUGGGGGUGUCUCUCUCUCCCGAAAGCUACGGCAUUGUACCAGAGUCUAAAUGACUCGGACUUUUUGGUUAUGGGGGAUCAAGUAUAAUAUAUAACCGUGUCUCUCUUCGAUGACGAGUUCCCGUGCGAUUUUGAAUCAUAGCAUAUUUUAUCACGAUAUACAACGAUGAGCUUCGGCGUUGGUAUCGGGGACAUCAUCCUCCUCGGCACCCUAACCUGGAAGCUGUACAAGAACUGCAAAGAGUCGUCGGCAGAAUUCAAUCGCAUCUCCAGCGAAGUCGCAUCGCUGCACGUCGUCAUCAAGGAGACGGAGGAGUACGUCAGUGAGACUGAAGGCCUCAGCCCGUCGCGGGAUGCGAGACUCACGAUCCUGAUCGAUGGGUGUAAGGAGGUACUUACCGAGCUGGAGAGUCUGCUGAAUAACUACGAGAGUCUGGGGACGCAGGCGCAGCGGUCGUGGGAUCGUGUGAGGUGGGGGUUGGAGGAGUUGGCGGAUGUGAGGUCGAGGAUUAUUUCGAAUACUAGUCUACUUACUGCGUUUAAUAGCAGUCUGGCGAAUUCUUCAACCGCGAGGAUCGAAAAGCGACUCAAUAAAUUCAUCGAGGAAGUUCGAGCCGGCCUCCGCGAAGGCUCCGUUGUUACAUCUUCAGGCGUCACGGAAUCCAUCGAUACCGAGGAUGUAUGGCUCCUCCUGCGCCGCGAACUGGAGGAUGUAGGUAUAUCCGCCUCAGUCGUGGAAGAACACCACAUGUACAUCAGCAACUGGCUGAAGGCGGCGAUUUCAAACGGCAUGCUCGAGGAAAUGGAUAACAGCUCGCGACGGUCGGCAGUAGCCGGUUCGUUUGACUCGGGGUACGCUGGUUCGAUUGGAGGGACGUCCAUUGGUGAGGCUUCUAUUGGUGGCACGUCGACAGCGCCGAGUAUGCCUUCCAUCACUGUUGCGAACGAGGAGUUCGCGGCGGAAUUAUCAAGGCAUCCUUCGCGGAUUAAUCCUGAUAGUUCUACGGCGUAUGUUAGAACUGAUCUUAGGGUUAGAAGGGCCUCGAGUGUGUCGUCCGUGCUGUUCAAGAUGUUCAAGAAGGAGACCGCGAUUAUUGAGGCAGCUAGCGAUGGAGAUAUCUCCAAAGUGGCCAAGUUGAUUAGCGCGGGCGCGAAUGUGAAUGCUAGGGAUCGAUGGGGUUGGUCCGCUCUGAGUAUGUGUGGAUACGGUGGUCAUGUUGAAAUUUGCCGCUUAUUACUCGAUCACGGUGCGGAUCUGAAUAAUAUGGAUGUAGAUGGAGACACGCCGGAGAGCCUCGCGACAAACAGAGGCCAUGCAAAUGUUGUGAUUAUGUUGGACGAGGAGAGGGCUGCGAGGGAUUUGAAAGUGCGGGAAGCGGAUAAUGAUAAACCUCGAAGUGUGGAGGAGUGAUUUUGACGCUUUUUAAACGGCGAGAUGGAGUUUAUUAUGGAGUUGAGGAUCUUCUAAGGAAUAUAGACGGUACUGUUAGGAGUUUGCAAUUCACCUUGGAGCGGGCGCGUUGGUAAAGGAAAGAGCGGGAGGAAGUUGGAAUAAGCUAUAAGGCCGUUCCCGCGUAGUCUCCAUAUUUACUAGAAUGACAUAAAUGCACGCAUCAUGAUCAGAAAUGAC